CUAGUCUGUGUUGUCAAUAUAAAUUACCCAUGAUCCUUAGCAAAAUAUUUUGUUCCAGUAAGAGCUGACGUUUCUGUAAAAACUGUUAAGAGUGUCCGUCAGUGUACUGCUUGUAUCAGAAAGAUGGCGGCACCAGGUGGCGAGUGCGUAAAGGUGAUUGUUCGUUGCAGGCCAAUGAACACGCGUGAAAAGGAUUUAAGCUGUAACUGUGUGUUAAAUAUGGACAGUGAUCGAGGGAUAUGUGCAAUAACCAACCCAAAUGAUAAAAAAGCUCCCCCAAAAAGCUUUACUUUUGACGGAUCCUACUUCACAGACUCAACCACAGAAAACAUUUACAAUGAAAUUGCAUAUCCACUUGUAGAGGGAGUAACUGAGGGCUACAAUGGCACUAUAUUUGCCUAUGGUCAGACAGGAUGUGGAAAGUCAUUCACUAUGCAGGGUAUCCCUGACCCGCCCACACAACGAGGCAUCAUUCCUAGGGCCUUUGAUCAUGUUUUUGAGACCGUGUCUUGUGCGGACACCACCAAGUUUCUCAUUCAUGCGUCAUACUGUGAGAUUUACAACGAAGAAAUUCGGGACUUGCUCGGAAAAGAUGUCAAAGCAAAACUUGAUCUUCACGAGCAUCCUGAGAAAGGCGUCUAUGUCAAUGGUCUCUCGUCAGUUCCCGUUCACAAUGUAGUAGAAUGUAACAAAAUAAUGGAACGAGGUUGGAGAAAUCGAUCAACUGGGGCCACGUUGAUGAAUGCCGAAUCUUCCCGCAGUCACUCGAUUUUCACGAUUAAUCUUGAGAUGAUGACCCCGGACGAGGAGGGGGAGGAACACAUACGAGCGGGAAAACUCAACCUCGUGGAUCUUGCUGGGAGCGAAAGACAGGCAAAAACAGGUGCCACUGGUGGUCGACUAAAAGAGGCGACCAAGAUCAACUUGUCCCUGUCAGCCCUUGGUAAUGUAAUCUCUUCCCUUGUUGACGGCAAGUCAAAACACAUCCCAUAUCGUGACUCAAAACUGACGCGUCUACUUCAAGACUCCCUCGGUGGAAACACAAAGACGCUGAUGGUUGCAUGUCUGUCCCCCGCUGACAACAACUAUGACGAGACUUUGAGCACGCUGCGUUACGCGAACCGAGCGAAGAAUAUUAAAAACAAGCCCAAGAUCAAUGAAGACCCGAAAGAUGCCCUCUUACGACAAUACCAGGAGGAGAUUGAACGCCUAAAAGCCAUGUUGAUGGGGCAAAUCCCUAUGCCAGAAGGGGGAUUUCAAGUGUCAGGUGAGGUUGCAGCCCCGGCAGCAGGAAAGAGCAGCGAUGAUUCUGCCAGAGUUGAACUGGAAGACGAGAAGGAAAAAAUCAAAGAGGAGUAUGACCGUAAACUGGCCGAGAUGCAGGAGCAGUACGAACAAGAGAAGGUCAGCAACGCCAAACUGGAACAAGAUAUGAACAAACUUAAGGCGUUCUACGACCAUAAGCUGCUUAAUCUGAAUGUCCAGAUAGAAAAACUCCCCACAACGGCAGAGAAAAGGGUAAAUCCCCCAAAAGAUCCGCAGCAAAUGCGUAUGAUGGCCUUACAAAACUUCAUGGAAGCUUUCAAGCAGGCCACUGACCCCAAUAGGGGCCUCAUUCAAGGGCCAAGUAAAGGUGAGGAAACACAAGUAGCCCAACCAGGAGUAACCAAGGCAACGGUUGCUGGGCAACAAGAGCCAGUUCAAAAUGGAGAACAACAAUCCGACAAGGUCGUUACUAUGGUGAUUGUAAAAAAUCCUGAUGGAACACCCAAAACAGAUGAAAAUGGACAGGUGAUUGUUCAGAAGGAAGUGAUAACCAGGACGGAGUACAUAGAACGGGAAAAACAGGGGGAGGUUUUUGACCGCCCAGUGUCUGUUGCCGGGGAAUCAUUGCCGGCUGGCCCAGAUAUCGAUGAUAUGCGUCUUCAGAGUGUUGCUAGUGACACAGGCGAAGACCUGGGGCAGUCUAUGGACAGUACGGGCUCUGUACUUGCACCAAAAGCCCAGAUCCCGACAAAGGCCCAAGGUCAACAGCCUGUGAUGAUACCCGACCAGGACAAGAAGGUCAGCAUCGUCAAUGGACAGAUGGUGCUGCGGCAAACACAGGCGUCUGGGGAUGAGGGUAUUUUGAUAAGGCCCACAACAGCGGGGCGGAGCAAGUCACAGGCCCUCGCCCAGGACCCUGCCCAAGGAGAAGAGACCUACCCCCCAGGGUCCCUGGCUCCCAGGUCAUCUCCCACACACACCAGCAUGCAGGACCAGAUCAAGUUCCAGCAGAAUGAGGCACUUAAACGACUUCAGGAGCUUGAGCAGCAGAUGGUGGGUGGAGAACACAAGGAUGACAAGGAAUGGAAGGCAAAACGAACCAAGAGACAGAGGAUCGCUGAUGAACGCAAAAAGAAACUAAUUGAGGCGAAUGCGGACAUGGAUGAUGACGGUAUCAUGGUGGAAAUCUACAACAGCAUCGGCGACGAGCUGAAGGUGAAAAACAAACUGCUGGAAAAGGAAAAAGAAAAGGUGGCUUCAUUGGAGCGUGACAUUCUGGAUGUCCAAUCAGAAUUUGAGUUUGACCGGAUCGAUUAUCUAGACACUAUACGAAAACAGGAAAAAGAGAUGAAAUACCUUCAAGAAAUAAUCGAUCGAAUCCAUCCAACAUUGCGGCGAGAUUGUAACUACUCUAAUCUGGACAGAGUGCGAAUGCUUAGCAAAUGGGAUGAGGAUGAAUUAAAAUGGAUUCUUCCUCAGAUGAAGAUCGAGAAAACAGCACUCCCUGUUACUGGAACAACUCUACCAGGAGGGUUAGGAGCCGGUCGCAGCCCACGAACAAUGAACGGAGAACAUGACGACUUUGACGACAGAUAUAGAGAUAAAAUCAUGCGGAGCCAGGACAGGACCAAUCAGUAUUUUCAGACAAGACGACCCAAUCAAUUGGUGUCUGAACCACUGCAGAAAGUUGAUAUAACUGAAGUUAAGAAGAGCUACAACAUCGCGUCACAACCCAUACCUGGUGUGACAAAUGGUUACGGAGCCCGUAACAGCCUUUCUGGGAGUGAAGAACCCGUCAGUAAUGGGCUUAAGGCGGCCAAGGUUCAUGGACAAAUCAUGAAUGACGAGGGGGGGUUACUCCGGAAACCAAUGAGGCUUCAAGCGCUCGGUCCAAAAGAAAUGAAGAAGGAGAAAAAGAAGAAAAGAAGUAACAAUUAUGACUAUUAACGACGGACCCGGAAGUUUAUCUUGUUAUUAGGUGUUAUGUAGGUGUAGGAACAUGUUUGUUUCUGUUUCUAUUUAUAGAUUCAGAAACGGGUAAAAAACGUGACAAUGACUUUCUGCAAUUGUUCAUUCCCAGGUGUUUUUUUCUGCGAUGUGUAUUUGUCAGAAACUCUCCUGCACAAUCUUUUUUGCACAAUCUUUUUUGCACAAUCUUUACUUAGAUUUUGCCUGGUAUGAUUUUAACAUGUGCAUGACAUUGGAUUGAAGAAAAGGUGGAUUUUUCAAGUGUUUGAAAGUGUGAACAUGUAUGCUUGUAUCUGCCAAUCUGUCUCAAAAACUGUAAAUAGCUUAAAUUUUGUGAGGUAACAUGUUGUUGUUUUUUUGGGGGGGGGGGGGCAAAUUUUGUUUGAGGAUUAAGAUUUGCAAAUUCAUUACUUAGUCAUUUGAAUUAAACAGCUAAUUGAAUAUUUGACUACAUCUUUUAAUUUUACAAGAUGAUGUUUGAUGAAAUUUAAAUGAAAUUUAAACCCUCGCAAAAUUUGAACAAUCUGCAGUAUUGUUUUUAAUUAAUGAUUUAUUUUAUUUUCUUGUAUUGUUAAUCAUUGACUGAUUAAAUGUGUUUGCAAUUAUUUACCGGCCUAGCCAGUGUUUUAAUCAAUUAAUGUACCAUGUAAAAAAAAUCAAUAACAGGUGACUGGUGAAUUACCAAAAUAAAUGUAAGGCAGAUUUGAAAAAAUUACCAUUUUAUUGGACAAAAUAUAUUUUUGAUCACUUACUGAAGUUAAAGCUCAAAUAAAGGUUAUUUUAUACCAUUAGUUAUCAUUGUAUUUGGUUUAUCUUGUUUUUAGCAGGAGACAAAGAGUAAAAGACUGUCACUAAAUAUUUUAUUGUAAUUAAAAGUAUAAUUGGGAACUAAAAAGCAUGACGCAUGAAAUUACAUUAAAUAUGUCAACUGUAUGUCCUUGGUAAGUGAGAAAAUAAGCGUACAUUUGGUUGCAACCAAGUAUUAUGUGAAGUAUUGAUGUUGAAACUUAAAGGUAUGAAGUGCCAUUGGGAAUUCCUCUGCCAUUUUCCAUUAUGUAUACUUGAAUAAUAGUAUUAAUCAAUAGUACUGUUUUAUCGUGUUUUUUGUAUUACUAAGUUUAAAUUGAUUGCCAGUAAGUGUAUUACUGCAUUAAUAAUUUUGAUUCACAAGAGUAAAGUCAAUAAGUUUAACUCCUAAAUUGGAAUUACUACCCGAUCUUCUUGCAGCGUAGUUUAAUGUAAAGAUUUCUGACAUUGUAAACAGUCCAUAUACAUCCGAGGUUAUUUUCGAUGGAAAAAGGCCCAGCUGUUCCAAAUGAUGAAGUGCAUGAUCUAAAUUACAUUUAUUUGGUGUGUUCUUUAAAUAUAUGAUCUAUAUUUCUUUUUACUUGUUAAAUACUAUUGAGUUAAUACUGUGAUAUACAGUCAUAGGUUGGUUUUAUAUUUAUAAUAUAUAUAUAUAUUUUUAAAUCCUGUGAAAAAAAUUAAACAAAUGAUGCAUUGUUAUGAGAAUAUUUUUACAUCAGGAGAACACUUUUAAACUGUGAUAUUGUUACAACUAUCUUUUAAUAAUGUACAUGUAUGUUAUAAGUUAUUGGAUAAGUAGGUGACCAGAUAUGGGAUAUACGGGGAAAAGUAUUUAUACAGUCGAAACUUGUUGGUUCGAUAUCCCAGGGACCGGUCGAAAUGCAAAUAUCGAGCCAAGUGGGAAUGCUUACAUAGAAUAAAACAAAACCAGUCCUUAAAUAAUAUUGUUUGAAAAACAAUUUGCUAAUAUAGCCUGUAUGUGUGGAUUACCUUAAACAAAGAAUAAAGCAUAAUAUUUGUUUCACUUUAUAUAUAUAUAUAUUUUUAUUGUAUGUCUUCUAUGCAUUGUAGAUCAAAUACUGAUGGAGUAGUUUUUUUCAUUUGAAUUAAAGGGAAUUUAAUUCUUGAAACUAUCAGAAUGAAUCUUCAAACAAUAUGGAACUAAUUUAUUAUCAUAUGCAUUCAUGUCAACUGGUUGCAAUAUUCAACAUCUGAAUAGCAUGGGAACAAUCGUUUUUUGUCUAAUUGUAUUUUUGUUAGGUUUGUCAAAAUGGAUUCACUAAUGUACAAAUAUAGUGAAACAUGUAUCUUUAUAUUUGUUUCAUUUUCAUAAAAAAAUUCAUAUAUUUAUUUUUCAUCAAUAUUUUUUUCAUAUGAAUAAUUUGGUAUUGUCAGCUUCAAGUGCUUUAUUUUCAAAUUUUGUGUGCAAAUUUAAUGAAAAAUACAUUUUCUUUGUGCAGUUUUACUAUGUUGGUUAAAACUUGUCUUCUAAAGGCAGAUGUUUGGUGAAUGAAUGAAGCCAUUAUGUAAUGGUUGAAGGUUAUUAGUGUGUACUUUAAUGGUUAACUGCGACUGUGGCUCAUAACCAUUUUACUUUGGUAAAUUCAUACCAAAAACCUUUGCCAAUGCUUAAUGUUCGAAAUUGUGUUUUGUCUCUUGUCCAAGCCUCUGUUUGAAGUCUUCCCAUUCAUCUGAUUAAAGUCAAUAAUGGCUGACUUCUGCUUGACCAAAAUGAAUAGAAUAAAAUACUGCUAUUCCAUGGGAUGAAAUAAAAUUUCGAGCACUAAUUUUUGUUUGACUGUUGUUUUAUUAUAUUUACCACAUAAAACAUUUAAUUUCAACAUUUAUUUAAUUAUUUGUGAAAAAUGUUUGUAUGCAAAAUGUAUAAACUUAUUGUGCGAUGUAGGCAUUUGGUGUCAAACAUGAAUAAUUUUAAGUAAAGUUUGAAUUUGUUGGUGUCAUAUACAUUUAAUAACAGCGAAAAUGUUUAAGUAUGAUAUAACCAGAUGAUUUUAUCUGUUGGAAGUGGUAAAUUGUAGAUGGUAUGUUAAUGUUAUCUAUGAAAUCAUCAUAGAUUAAAUUGUAUUUCUAUUCACAAUAUAUAAAUCAGUCAGAACUCAGCACAAAAUAAAUAUGAGUUCUAUUAUUAUGUAUUGAUUUGGAUUUAACAAAAAAAGGAAAAUAUUAAUCCAAAUGUAGCUACAUAAUGAAGCAUAUAAUUUGUUUCCGCUUUUGUACAAUAGAAAACCCUCCAAGACGUUGACUCCUCUAUUCUGUCCAUUUUUCAAUCCGUCCAUCAGUAUUAUACAUGUAUUUUUGUGUGAAAUAUUUGAGUAUUUAUAUGCAUGUAUUAAGUAUCCAUGUGUUGUUGAUAAAAGGAAAUAAAAUCGUUUGUUUUCUCCA